GCAAGAAUUCGAUUGGCUUUAAGCAGUGUUGUCUUUGCCGCGAGGAGGUGCGCACAUUGCGCCUGCGUAGUGAAAUAUAAAAAGUAAAGAGUGCGUGCUUUCUAAAUUCAAAUAUUAAAACUGUCGUUUUAAGUGAAUUUACUUUAUAAUUGUUUUUGGAGGGAUAUAUCGAGUGACCUAUUUAGUUUUGUGAUUUGGCAUUUCAAUAGAGAUAUUUGUCAGCUAGCCGAUUGUUUACAUUCUAUAUCGAACCUGUUCAAGUUGGAUUUCUUAUUAAAAGGUCGCUUGAUCACCGAACGAGCUUGUUUCUUGUUGCGAGUGUAGUGAUGUGAAAUGUGAUAGUAUGUGCGGAUGAUUCAGUGAUCGCGCUCGAAGGACCAAUAUGGCGCGCGUGGCGUUAGCGUGCGUGCUUUGUGUGUGCGUGGGCGCAGCGGUGGGCCAUGUGGCGCUCACCUACCCGCCGGCCAGGCGGUACGACCUGGACUUCCUCGAUAACUCCAGGACCAAGCCGCCGUGUGGAAUGCCUAAAGGCUCAAUAAAAACUUCAUUUUUGGCGGGAUCAACAUUUACAGUACAUUGGCAUUUAGCAUAUGCGCAUAGAGGCGGAUUCAGUUUAAGGAUACUGGAUGAAUUGGAGAGGCCUCUAUUGGAUUUGACCCCUAGGGCUGGUGGCUCUGAAUUUGUACGAGACGAUGUUACCGCCCAGAAGUACGAAGUCCGGCUGCCGAACGACUUCACGUGUGAGAACUGCACGCUGCAGCUGCAGCGAGAGGCGGGCGAGUGGGGCACCAACUACAGGUUCUGGUCAUGCGCAGACAUCGACAUUCUACCACGUAAAUCAUACCACGAGACAUGCUCGGGGCACGGAUUCCACAUCCUGGGCCGGUGCAAGUGCAACAAGAUGUACAGCGGCGCGCGCUGCCAGUUCGCGGACGAGUGCGUGGAGGAGAACGACUGCGGCCUGCGCGGCAAGUGUGUGGACGUGAACUCCACCGAGAGCCCCUCCAAGAUGUGCUACUGCCCGCAUGGGUUUUACGGCAAGGGAUGCAAUAAGAAGGCGCCAUGGAAGGACAAGAAGAUCAACCUCUCCCUGCACAGCAAGCGCGACCUGUCCAAAGACUUCAGGCUCUACUGGCGCAUCCUGAAGGAGGAAAACGAGAUCGAGAUAGUCAUGGUGGUGAAUGGAACCUCUUACGCAGGUAUUGGAUGGAGACCCCAAGGUCUGACGAAGCAGUGCAAGAACUUCCCAGUGCUGGGACCUGUGAUGGACGGAUCUACAAGCACACCGAACCCAGAACCGCUUCCGGAACCGGAGCCGAAAGCGGAGCCGCAACCACUCCCCGAACCGACACCUGAACCAACCGCGCAACCGAUCCCCGAACCUGCAACCGUAACGUCUCCCCCCGAGAACGAUAGGAACAAACGCGUGGCGAUGCAUUCCUUCGACGGAUUUGACUUUAAGGACCUGGACGGCAACGUCACUGUGAAGACCAGCAUGUCGUUUAAAGUUUCUAGUUCUAAAGGUCGUAAGAGACGGGCCGUACCAGAGCCGCAGAAACCAAAUGUGGACGCAACGACCACAAAUCCCUCCCCCGAACCUAGCCUCGAACCGAACCAGGCGUCACACGAUUUAUCAAAGUCCGUACCAAAGACUAAGUCCUUGAUAGAUUCUCAACCCCAGCCUGAGCCUACCGCUGAACCUACCGCAGAGCCUGAGCCUAGCCCCGAGCCUAUAGCCGAACCCGAACCCAGUCCCGAACCCAGCCCCGAACCCGAGCCCAGCCCUGAACCCAAGCCUGAAAGCGAACCUAGUUCAGAACCUACAUCCAAGCCUAAAUCCGAACCGGAGCCUAGCGCAGAGCCUAAAGCUGAACCAGAACCCAGUCCUGAACCUAAAUCAGAACCUGAACCCAGCCCAGAACCAAAAUCAGAACCCGAACCAACUCCAGAACCAAAAUCGGAACCCGAACCUACCCCGGAACCGAAAUCUGAGCCGGAACCUAGUCCUGAGCCAAAAUCCGAACCCGAGCCUUCUCCUGAACCAAAAUCAGAACCUGAACCGUCUCUCGUACUCAAAUCUGAGCCCGAACCAUCUCCUGAGCCUAAAUCCGUGCCAGAACCUUCGCCUGAGCCUAAAGCUGAGCCCGAGCCAUCCUCCGAACCUUCUUCCGAACCUUCCGCCGAACCUUCCGCCGAACCUUCCCCCGAGCCUUCCGCCAAACCUUCCCCCGAGCCUAAUGCCGAACCGGCCCCCGAGACAUUGCUAGUGAAGGGACUUAAAGACGAAGAAGGGUACUUCCCGAGCCACGAGUACGUGCCGAAGUACGACUUCAGCCCGAUGGAUUGCACCGACAUCGUGAUUGGGACCGCGCGCGGCAACUUACACAGGGUCCAAGACUAUUAUACCAGAGAUAGGUCGACCCCACGCGUGGACACGUUCUGGGGCGGGCACGACGACAUCACCGCCGCUUCCGGGUACGAGGAGAAUGGCGUUACCACCAUCAUGUUCCGCAGGAAGAUCAAGGCCAAGGAGCCCACGGACCACUCGUUCGUAGACGACCUGAUGCACGUGAUCUGGGCCCGAGGCCAGGAGCCGGGCAAGUACAAGCACUCGCCCCCCUCGGGGCUGGAGCGAGGACCCGCCGCCGUGGGGGACUUCUACAGACCCGACGAGCUGAAGUACCACGGACAUGGGGCGCAGAGAGGAGUGCUGGCCAUCAACUUCUUCGAAGAAACAAAAUCCACCAUCAACGGCGGAGUGUUACCGCUCCCGGACAAGUGUGGGGGCAUGUGGAAGUUGCCUACCACCUGCGACCCCGCCAGCACCACCAACAACACCUGCGAGUACUUCGCCUCCUGGGAGUACCUCGGACUCAAGCGAGGCAAGGACUCUAUCAAGUUCACCAUCAGGACUAAACACAGCAAGCACUGGACCGGGAUAGGAUUCAGUGAUAAUAAGAAGAUGUCGCAAACAGACGCGAUCAUCGGCUGGGUGGACCCUCGGUCGAGCCGCCCGUUCCUGAUGGACACGUGGGUGAGUGGCUACUCCGCGCCCAGGAACGACCCGCGCCAGGACCUCUCCAAGGAGGCCGGGAGUCUGCUCGACGGGUUCACCACUCUCAGCUUUGUGAGGAAGAGGGACACCGGCGAUCAGAAGGACCUCGCGUUUACGGACACGCGCUGCCUGUACAUGAUGUGGGUGGUGCAGGGCGGCGGGUUCGACCCCGUCAACAAGCGCACCAGCAAGCACCUGCAGGUGCCCGUCGUCAGCGACGACCGCGUCUGCAUCAGGCCCUGCGGACCUGAGCCCGUAGAAGAAGAGGUAACAACAGAAGCGAUCCUACCGGGUCAGUCGUUCUACACGAUGCUGGUGCGAGUGACGGGGCUGGCUGACAGCUUCCAUCCACCAGCUCCUGGCAGCAAGGAGUACGACGAGCUCAGCGCACAGGUCGCGGACAACGUGGGGUCCACCCUCGGCAGGACCAAGGGGUACCAGGGAGUCGUCGUCAACGGGUUCAUGCAGAAUGAAACUAAGGCAAUCAUAGCGGAACUGAGCCUGAAGGUGAUAGAGGUGUCAGGGGCUAAUGUGGACAACUCCACGGAGGACGAUGAUGCGGAGCUUCUGAAGUGGAAGCGAGCUGUCCAGGACAUGCUGGCGGAAGGCAAGGUGGGGAACCUGAACGUAGACCCUGAGUUCCUGGUGUUUGAGCCUCAGAACUUGUUCUCAACUCGUCCCACCGAGGAGGAAGGUGGUUCGUCCUCCGUGGUGAUGUCGGCCACCAAGCUGUGGGUGGUGGUGGGGUGUGUGGCGGCGCUGCUGCUGGUGGCGCUGCUGCAGGCCGCCUGCACGCUGUACAGGACCCGCGCCACCACCAACAACAAGGAACAACUGAUCCCCAACGCGGUAUGGAAAGACUACUCCCCAUCGAACACCAACUACGGCUUCGAACCGUUCGACAACGACGACAAGUUCACCAACACCACCUCCACGGCGACCGCGAGGCGUCGGCCCCCCGCCCCCCUGCGGCCCACCGAGGCCCCCCCACCACGACCCACGCACAGGCCCGUCAACGGACAACAGAAGACCAUGACCAUCAACAGCAAGGUCAAUGGCAGCGCGAGGAACGGGAACGGCAGCGGCAGGACCACCCCCCACCACGGGAACGGCACCUUCUACCACGACACCAGGUCGCUGCAGCGGCCUCGGGGACAGUAUGGUGUCGUCGAACCAAUCGGAAGGUCGGAUGCGGAAGAAUCCGGGAAAAGCUGGUACAGUGGCGGCGGCGGCGCGGGCGGGGAGGAGGGUCGGUGGGCGCGCUCGCUGCCGCGCGGCGCGCGCGUGCACACACAACCGGACUUCUACUUCAUGCCCUCGCAGCGGAAACACGAAGAUUUCUGAGAGCGAGUGCGGCCGCAGUAACAAGUUACCAUACACAUUUACGCGUAGUUUUAGCUCCGUAAUUACACGCGCCCUUUACUUAUACACAACUUGUUAUUAAAGUGGAUAUAAAACUAAUGGGAAAUAGAUUCCCGAGCCAGACAAACAUAUUUUUUAGAAUACAUGUAAUUGAAAUAGUGUGUGAACUUCUUUUGUAAAUUCUAAGGUUCAAACGGUUUUUGUUGCAAAAUGAACUCAAAAUUCCAUAAAUAUGAAAACGAAUUGCUAAAUGAAUUUGCAGUUGAUUAGUUGUUCUAAAUUGUUUGCGUCUUAUGACUUAAAAAUUGAGAUAUAAGUUAUAAGUAAGGGCCAUUAUGUACACAAACCUGAUCUAGUCUCUAUUUACAGUUUUAAACGUAAGUUAUUUCAUCUCUUGUAAAUGUAACGAAUAACUCCAUAACAAUAUUAUAUUAAUAUUAAGACAAUAUGUAUAUUAUGAUUUAGGAAAUAUUAAUAUAAAACGCAACUUCGAACCAUCUAUAGGGAGGUAUAAUUAGGAAAUAAAAUAAUUUAAAAGAACAAGACCAUUCAUAGAGAAUAUAAAUUUUUUAACUAUUCAAAUUUGUAUAAUUUCAUUUUCAACCUUGAACGUUAUUAAAAUCAUUUUAUUCCCCAAAUAGUAGUAAUAAAAAUCAAGUCUCAUUAUGCCUAUUAAUACCAACAGGAAAUAUAUUUGUUUUUUUUUACUAGUGUCCAACACUGGUUCAAAGAAUGCAUACUCUAAAAAAACGCUAGUGUAGCGUUAGCCUAAUGCACAAAUGUAUGAAAUGGUCAUAACAAAAUAAUUAGUUUUAUAGUACCGAAACUGACAAAGUUCUUAUCAAUCUUACCAACGUAUCAAGAUUUAUGAUUAUAGAUAAUAAACAUUCUGAGAUAUUGAAGUGUCCACCAGCUCCCCUAGUGGUUGAAUUUAGAAACAAUUUGAAUAUAAACAUAACUAUUUACUUUUCUAUUUUGAAAUAUUUAUUGACAUAAAUAAAGUAUUUUUUGAUACAUUAUCAAGAAAUAUAUUUGUACAAGAUUUUUUUCUCAGAAUAUAUUAUAUUCAUACAUUUUUUUUUUAUAUUUAAAAAAUCUGGUUCUGAGUUUAAUCACUAGAGACGCUACUUUCUAUAUAUUCAUUUGUUAUAUAGAUUUUAUUAUCUAAUGUAAAUAAUGUUUGUAUAAACGCUGUAUAUUGCACAAAUUAUAUAAGAAUAAUAUAAUUAAGAAAUAAUUGUUUAUUUUAAUAUAAUAAAUCUUCAACGAAUAUGACACAACGCCAUCUGUGAUGUAAUGGCGAAAUUUCAUUGACAGGUACGUUAUUAGAUUUUUAGAUAUUCUAUAAAAAACAAAACGAAAUUAUUAAUAAUUAGAAUAUUUUGUGUAUUAAAUUUGAAAUAUACAUACUAAUACUUGGGCUCAAAAAGAUAUUUGUCACCUCAUGAGAUAUAAAAACAUAGGCAUUUGUACUAUAAUAUAUAAGAUUGGGGUUAGUGGCAUUGCGUGGGUGGCUGGGGCCAGUGGUGGACCCAAAAUUUAUAGAAGAAAGCCACUGCGCUAAAAAAAAGUAAUUUCAAGAAAUAAAAGUCACGCGCGUCCUCCAACUUCUACAUAUUUUGUCGCCCCCACAUUAGGCUACUGUUCAUGGACUACUAAAUGAUUGUAUGUAUGGCAAAACUAUCUUAAAAUGAUGCCAGUUCACUAUCUUAACCCGUCAUGACUUGUCAAACAGCUACGCGUGUGACGGAAAAAUAACCUUAUUAUGUAGUAUAUAAGGUUAUAAUCCCGUGACACACGCAAAUGUCAUGUAGCUGUCUUGGCUCGCCGGCGAGCCACGAGAGACCAAGAAUUAAAGGACCCCUAACGGAAUAUUAGACAACGAACUGUAUUUUUUCGUGUUAGUCCUCAAGGGUCUCCUAAAUAAUGUGACGAUUUGUAACAGACAAUGAGUAAUGACAUUGCCGAUGUUAAUAGAUAGAAUUAAUUGUUAUUUAACCGCAAUAGAAUGUACAAUAUGUACCGGACCUAAGAUUUAUAAUAAAUAAUUAACACGA